AUGGUAAUAUACGUCGAAGACCGUGGCACGACCGAAGCAGACGAACAAGGAGAACAGACGACCGCAAAAGAUCCAGAUUCAACGUACAUGCACGUAGGCCCAGCAAGAUUCUGGUUCGUGUUCUCGACAGUCUUACUUGGCUACUUCGUCGCCUGCUUCGACAUCAACCUCAUAGCGUCCAUCCAUCCAGUCAUAACCUCGUAUUUCCAAGCCUCGAAGCAAGCCUCCUGGCUCACAACAGCUUUCAUGAUCACAAAUACCGGUUUCCAACCCCUCUGGGGAAGACUCAGCGAUACCAUAGGCCGAAAAUCUGUGUACUUGAUCGUGUUGAGUAUCUUCGCGUUGACAAACUUAUGGUGCGGGCUCGCGAAUUCGAUUGGAUCUUUCAUUGCCGCACGAGCAGUUUGUGGUGUUGGGGCUGGAGGACUUAUGAGUAUGGGGUUGGUCGUUACUAAUGAUUUGGUGAAGGUUGAGUAUCGGGGGACUUUUGUUAGUUACAUCAAUGUGGCUUUUGAGGUAGGGGCUGCUUGUGGUGCAGCGUUUGGUGGUGUUAUCAGUGAUUCGAUCGGCUGGAGAUGGACCUUCGGCAUCCAAGUUCCGAUCCUCGUCGUGUGCGGAAUAGCUGGCUUCUUCACGAUUCCCAAUGGGCUCGGACCGAUGCUCAUACGGAAGGCUGUCAACAAGCAAGGCCAGAAUGCUAGUUGGAUGGCAGUCAAGAACUUUGAUAGUCUCGGGUUGUCCUGCCUCGUUUUCGCCGUGGCCUUCUUCAUUCUGUUCUUCAAUCUUGGAGGCAACGAACUACCUUGGAACCAUCCUAUCAUUAUUGUAUGCAUUGUUCUUGCAGUGCUCCUAUCUGGAAUCGUAGCUUGUGUCGAACGCCGUGCCAAACAGCCUAUCAUGCCGCUUCAUCUUCUAAUCACUCAUCCGUAUGCGAAUUUGACGUUCGCGAACUUUCUGGCUGGUGUAGCAAGCAACACAGUUCUCUUCAACGUACCGCUCUGGUUCCAAGCGGUUGAGCUAAGCACGCCAUCGGCAUCUGGACAGAGGCUUGCGGCGCCAGCUAUCGGAGGCUCCAUUGCAGGUGUUGCUACAGGCUAUGUCAUCACCGUGACUCGCCGCCUCAAAGUCAUGCUCAUCAUCGGAUCAAUCGUUUACCUCGCCGGAAGCAUAGCACUAUACUUCAUCGAUCGAAGAAUGUCCGAAGUCGCAAAGAUCGCUCUAAUUACUCCCACGCCUCUUUCUCAAGGCUUCAUCUAUCCCGGCAGCAUGAUGGCCGCUUUCGCCACAUCACCACAAGAAGAGCAGGGUGUCAUCACGACCACACUCUCACUGUGGAGAAAUUUGGGAAUCGUGGUCGGUGUUUCGAUCAGCAGUCUGGUGUUCCAGAACGUGCUGAACCUGCGUCUGGAUCAGCUUGUGCAUGGACCGCAGGCACAAUACUACAUUGAGGUCGCACGUAACAGUGUGAGAGCUGUGACUGAGAUCCCACAGCCGUACCAAGGUCAAGUACGAGACGCUUAUGCACAAGCGCUGAAGCUCAGCUUCGUCACUGCCAUUGUGGCCUCUGCAUUGCUCCUGAUCAUCAUGGUGCCUAUGAAAUUGCCGAGAAUGCAAAAAGGCGGUGGUGGAAAUGUAGCAGCCGAGUGA